UGGCGGCCGUGGAUAUCGAACGCGUUAAGCUGGAGACAUCCCUCCGGAAUCUUAAGCUUUCUGGACAUGUGGGAUUUGACAGUUUGCCUGAUCAGCUUGUUAAUAAAUCAGUGCAAAAUGGAUUUGUAUUCAACAUCUUGUGUAUCGGUGAAACUGGCCUUGGUAAAUCAACGCUCAUGGAUUCACUGUUUAAUACAAGCUUUGAAUCAAGUCCAAGUCCGCAUAAUUUACCUUCAGUGAAACUGAAAGCUCAUACAUAUGAACUGCAAGAAAGUAACGUUAGACUAAAGUUGACUAUCGUGGAUACUGUUGGAUAUGGUGAUCAAAUUAAUAAGGAAGAUAGUUUUAAAGCUGUUGUUGAUUACAUCGAUGCACAGUUUGAAGCUUACUUACAAGAAGAACUUAAAAUUAAACGCUCUCUUUCAACUUAUCAUGAUAGUCGCAUUCAUGUCUGCUUAUACUUCAUCUGCCCUACGGGACAUGGAUUAAAAUCAAUAGAUCUAGUUUGUAUGAAGAAAUUGGAUACAAAGGUCAACAUCAUUCCUAUAAUUGCCAAGGCUGAUACCAUUUCUAAGACUGAACUACAAAAGUUUAAAAGUAAAAUAAUAUCUGAACUCCAAAGCAAUGGAGUGCAUAUUUAUCAAUUUCCAACUGACGAUGAAAAUGUAUCUGAUGUGAAUACUACAAUGAAUGCCCAUGUACCAUUUGCUGUGGUUGGUAGUACUGAUUUUGUUCGUGUGGGAAAUAAAAUGAUGCGUUCCCGUCAAUACCCGUGGGGAAUUGUACAAGUUGAAAAUGAAUCUCACUGUGACUUUGUAAAAUUACGUGAAAUGCUGAUUAGAACUAAUAUGGAAGACAUGCGAGAGAAAACUCAUUGCCGUCAUUAUGAAUUGUAUCGUAAAAAGCGACUGGAACAGAUGGGCUUUAGCGAUGUAGAUAGCGAGAACAAACCUGUGAGCUUCCAACAAACCUGCGAGGCGAAGCGAUCGACUCAUUUGCAAGAACUUCAACAGAAAGAGGACGAGAUGCGUCAAAUGUUUGUUGCCCGAGUCAAAGAGAAGGAAGCGGAAUUAAAAGAAGCUGAAAAGGAGCUGCAUAAUAAAUUCGAUAAGCUGAAAAAAGACCAUACCGAGGAAAAAAAGAAAUUGGAAGAAAGUCGCAAGAAGCUGGAAGAUGACAUACUUGAGUUUAAUAGAAGAAAGACUCAAGUCGCUCAGCAGGCUCAACAUCAUACUCUUACGUUAGGCAAAAGCAAGAAGAAGUAAUUAGAAAUCCUAAGUCAUAAAACAUUUUCCAUCGGUUUAGUACCAGGAUGUUUAUUCAAUGAAUUAUAUUUAUGAUUAGUAUUUCUUGUCUUAAUGUAUUAAUUUAUGCUUGAACGCAUAAUUUGUCACAGAAGUAUCCAAAGUUUAUGAAUAAUGGAUUAAGUAUGCCGUUCUAGCAUUGCGUUACUCCAGUGCGUAAAAUUAUGUUACUUUGAAUACGCACGACUAUGUGCUAUGAACCAUAAUGUUUCAUGCCUUCCGGAAAAUAUUGACGCUAGACGGUAAAUUAUGUAUUUUUACAUUAUUUGCUCUUCCUCUAAUUUACACGAGUCUAAAGCCAAAUCAUAUAGAUUUUAAUUUUUGUCCCUGAAACAAAUGUAGAUAAUAAGUACUCUCUUUAUAUUUACAAUUUCGAAAUAUAUUGCACAUUUAGAUAAUAACUGUA